AUGCUGGGGCUUCACACUGGGGAGCUCGUCUCCCCGGGCGACACGAUCGCCCUGCCAGGCUGGAGCCGCAGCAAUAUUCACCCCAGGGCAGCCCGCGAUCGGACACAGGUUCGGGGCGCGGUGGGAGCCGCCAGGUGCGCCAUCGGCCAGCCCCGAGGGGGCCCCGGGUCAGCUUCCCAUCCCUGGGCCUCCAGCGCCUCCCUGCCCUUUCGAGUCGCGCCGCCUCCCCUGACCAAGCCCCCCUUCGUUGGCCGCGCUCAGAGCCCUCUGCCCGCAGCCAGCGUCUCACCUGCGCCGAGCGCCUCCCGGCCGUCGGUCCGUUGCCUUGCUGCGCGCAGAGUGCAGCCGCCACCCAGCAGGUUUGACGGCCCCUCCCUCUCAGCCAGGCCGCCACCAACCGGCCCUCCCCGUUCCCGCUCCACCUCCCGCAACUGCCCGGGUGCUGGGCCUCCCGUCUCAAAGCCCGCGCUGGUCUCCACGCCCCUGACCUUCCUGCCCCAUUUUCCCCAGACUCCAGACACUCCCUCAGGCGUGUGCUCCCACAGGGGCCGGCCGGUCACCUCUGGCUGGCUGUGA